AUGGCACCGAGUGUUGCCUAUGUGGAGACUCAGUUGGUUCAGCUUCAUAGAAGGCUAAAGCCCCUCGCACAGGCUGAGACCGAUAGACUGCUGCAGCUGAAGAAAAGGGAGUUCGGCGCCGAGGAGUUGUAUUCGUGGGAUAGGGCGUAUUAUCUCCACAAGCAAAACCAGGAGAACUUCUCAGUGAACCACGCGCUCCUAAAUCUCUUUGGUAUCAAGUUUGAGCGUAUUGAGACCUCAGUAUGGCACGGGAGUGUCGUUGUAUACGAAGCAUGGGACACCCCCGAUGAAGGAGGCCAGUUUUUAGGUCACCUGUACGUGGAUAUCCUUGAUAGAAAGGGGAAAUAUCGUGGGGCACAUCAUGUUCUUAUCCAACCGGGCUUCAUCGAAGCGAAAGGUGAAAGGCAUUACCCCGCGUCAGCGUUGGUGUGUAGCUUUGCUAAUCCAACACUUUCCCGUCCAUCGCUGCUUCAGCAUAGUGAAGUGAAGACCAUGUUCCAUGAGUUUGGACAUGCCAUUCACAACAUUGUUGCCAGGACCAAGUAUUCAAUAUCUCAUUCUCGAGACUUCAUUGAGAUUCCCAGCAUCAUGCUGGAGAACUGGAUCUGGCUCCCGGAUAUAUUGGUUCGACUUGGCCGUCACUAUGAAACCCAUACGACUCUUCCACGCGACCUAGCAGAAGGUGUUGCCCGCACGAGAAAUGCAAACAGGGCUACUAAUAUCUUGGCUCAGGUCCAACCCGCUGUAUUCGACCUUACCAUUCACACACCGGCUACUCAUAAAGCAGCGGUAGAGAUGAAUACAACUGAGGUCUGGAACAAGACAAAGAGAGACAUACUCCCAUACACCUCAGGGUCGAACCCACAAGAUUGGGGUGCAGGACAGGCGCGGUUCGCACACAUGUUUCGCAAGAACGACGGUAGUUACUUCGCUUACCCUUUAUCCAUGGUCUAUGCAGCAGACCUCUUUGCAUCCGCGUUUGCACAGGACCCUAUGAGUCCGGAAGCUGGGAGGCGUUACAGAUAUCAGGUGCUGGAGCUAGGAUCGAGUCGUCCGGAGAUCGAGAUACUGAAAGGUUUUCUGGGACGGCAGCCGAGCUGUAGGGCCAUAUUUAAGGAGCUCAAUACUAGCUAG